AUGUCUGCCGAGGUAUCUUUUGCUAUCGACGAUGACCUCCCCACGCUAAAAUACUCCCCUGGUGCCUCCAAACUGCCGACAUAUGCUCCGGUCCAUCUCUACGAAGACAACACCUACAUUGACUGGUGCAGAGAGUCGUUGGUGUUGCCGACCACGUCCGACUUCCAGACCCGCAAAUGGCUCACCCUCAUCGUGCUGUCGCUCUGUUUGGGGUACAUCACUACCUUCAUCGAUCUAGCCUCCGUGUGGUUGAACGAUCUCAAGAAGGGCGUUUGUCUAAGCAAGAUCGACAAAUGGUCCUUGCUCGACCCGUACCUGAGCUGUCCCGUAGAGGAUUGGUACGACUGGUCGCGGCUCCUCUUCGAUGCCAACGGAGUGAUCUCCAAUGUGUUCAUCAACUUCCCUAUCUAUUUGAUCUUUGCCUUGAUAUGGGUGGCAGUAGUGUCAUUUAUAACCGUCAAGAAAGUCCCCCUCAUCAAGCAGUCCGGGAUUCCCGAAAUCAAACUCAUUAUUUCCGGCCUCAACUAUAGACUCGCUGACUACUUGGGCGUAAGAACAUUGCUCUAUAAGAUUGCCGGAUUGAUCUUGGUGGUCAGCUCGGGAUUGUGGUUGGGAAAAGAGGGCCCCUUAGUGCAUGUCUCCUGCUGUCUUCUCAAUUGCUUGUACGCAUUAAUUGUGGACACCAAAUACUCCAAUGAAGCCGUUAGAAGGGAAUUGCUUAGUGCGGCCACCGCCACCGGAAUUUCAGUUGCCUUCAAUGCACCCAUUGGGGGAGUGCUAUUCGUGUUAGAAGGGCUUCCCAGUUUUUUCAUGCCUACCCGAAUCAUGUGGAAUUCGUUUAUUUCUUCCACGGUAGCAGUUGUGGUAGUGAAUGGAUUUAAGGCGUUCACCAACGGUACUCAUUUCGAUGAAAAGGAUUUGUUCCAGGUCAAUUUCGGUAAUUUCAGUUGGCUAUUCGUGGAAAUGAUUCCGUUCAUAUUCCUAGGCAUUAUGGGUGGAUUAUACGGCCACCUUUUCAUUAGAUUCAAUUCUUUCUUUUCACGAUUGACUUUCAGAAGAAACAUUCAGAGCAAGCUAUGCCAAUUACUCAAGGUAUCUGAAGAGUACGGUACUUAUUUGGAGAUGUUUCUAUUGGUGCUCAUCACCAGUGUUUUGAACUUUCCAAUCGAGAUUGCGAAACUUCCUCUCAACGCAUACUUAAAGAUCCUUUUCACUGAUUGUCCAAAAGAAACACUAGACUCCAAUUCGUCUAACUUCAUGUGCCUGCCUUCCAACGGAAUUACCGCAUUAAAAUUGGGGUAUAUUAUCAUCCAGGGGUUCUUUUUGUCGGCCUACACGUUCGGGGUUGAAUUGCCAGGGGGUAUUUUAAUGCCGUCUUUGGUUCUAGGUGCAACUUCAGGACGACUUGUGGGGAUAAUUUCCCAGUCGAUUCAGACACUUUUCUCGUGGGACUCCUUGGCCAGCUGCACAGAAAAAUCGUGUAUCGUUUCACCUUCAUCAUACGCUGUGAUUGGAGCUGGUGCCUUCAUGGCGGGGAUCACCAAAUUCACGAUGUCGGUGGUGGUGAUUUUGUUCGAGCUCACUGGUGCUAUCACGUACGUACUUCCCAUCAUGUUGUCAGUAGUCAUCCUGAAGUUCGUCAAUGACUGGUUGAGCAACGAAAACAUUUAUGAUACCUGGCUCAAGACCCAUUUCAAUAGACUGUGUGACGGGGGGAGCCCCAAUGAGGGCAAGGGAGACGGGUUGGUGAAUUUCACGGGGUUGACUUCGACUCUCAAGAGCCGGCUCCCCAAUGUCCAGGUAAAAUCCAUCAUGGUACCGGUGGCAGAGGUCAAGUGUAUCUCGCUUGUGCCUGAGGUCCCACACACUAUAGACAGCUUGUACAGCUUCAUUAACGACGACACACACGAGGGAUACCCGGUGAUCUUGAACCACUCCAAUCCUGUGUCGUUAGGGUACGUGAGAAAACAGGAUCUUUAUACCAAGUUGGCCUCGGUGGAACGCUCUGAUGCUAUUGUCAGCUUUCAGAUCGAAAACUUGCCUAAGUCGGUGCUCUCGCAGCAGUUACACUACGAGCAGUCUCUCGGCAAGAUCGUGCAGGUCAAUCUUUCCACCGAAACUCUGUUGAUCAAGUCCAAUGAAUUGACCCCGGUGGUGUUCAUUUUGGAGGCGUUUGAGAAGCUCCACCUCAACUAUCUUAUUAUCAUGGAUAGCAGCCUGAGCAGCGGACACGUUAUGAUCGGGUUGGUGGACCGGUUUGUUCUCGCCAACUUGAUCCAGCUGCGGUUCGAGUCCAUCAGCGAUCUGACAACAUACAACCCCAACCAGUUUGAUAUCGAGGACGAAACACUUUUGAGCAUGAGAGAGGAGAGAAGUAGCAUAGAGUUAGUGACCUGA